CUAAGGUGCCACAAGCACUCCGUGUUCUUUUUGCUGAUACAGACUAACACAGCUACUGCUCUGAAAUAUUUAACAGAGAGUGAUCGGUAGUUCUGGGUAAAAGCCAUUACAGCUAUGUAUCAUUUGUGCUUAUAUGCUUUACCCUGGAACAUACCACUAUUUCAGUAUUGGCACCUGAUCAGUUCAGUAUUUGUUGCAUAUUAGAUAUUAGACCUGUAAAUGGAACGUGUUCUAAAAAUGAUAGUUCAUAAUGCAGUAAACUCAGUAGGAAAUGGUACCUGAGACAAUGUGAAGUCUCCUGAGAGGAAAAAAAUUAAAAUUGUAGCUAGCAUUCACAUUCCCUUUCAAAACUUUCUUAAUUUGUUGAAGAGUUCUUAAUUUCUGGUUUAUAUGCCCAGGGUACAAUUUUAUCUUGCAGCAGCUUCAGGAAUAGUUCUGUAUCUCCUAAUGUAAACCUAUAUGGCUUCCUACAUUAAGACAUUUCUGCAGAUUCUUCAUUCCAUAGCCAUAAACCUUCCACUGGUUUGAAAUUUGAAAGGUUUUCUGGUCAAGAUGUUUUUCCUUAUCAGUUUUGUUGACUUGCUUUACUUUAAAUUGGUCAGUACUUCAAGGGCUACACUCCUCUUAAACAUCUCUUUAGAAUGACAAUGCCUGUGCUCUAGAGGCCAAUUAAUUCACAUGUGGUCUGAUAUGCCAUGUUAUAACAAAUAUUUUUAAAAAAUUACCUUUUAUGAAGUCAUAUUACACUUGGAAUCCCUUUCUCAUUAAUGAAGGAAUAGCUCUUCCUUUUCCUUAUAAUGUAUGUGACUUAGGAACCCAGUAUUGUGAAACAGCUAAAGUGCAGGAACUUUCAAGCUUUUAGUUAUUAAGGAUAAACAUUUUUCUGGCUUCAAAGACUUUCUCAAUAGCGACACUUUAAAACUGGGAGUUUUGGAGAUCUCUCAGCUUCUCCUUUCGGUUGAAUGAUAAUGCAUCCAACUUUGUAUUUAUCUUACACUUGCCAGAUUCAGCCUCCCCUUGGAGCUUCAAGACCAGCUGUUCAUCUUUUAGGAUUUGAAGCCUUUUUUCAGUCUCUUUGGAGAUACUGUUGUAAGCAUUUUUAAUGCUUUCAACUCACAAAAGAAUUUUCUAAGGGAUGCACCUUUAGGUUUUAUUAUUUUUUUCUUUUCAAUUACUUUUCUUCCUUUUACCCAUAUUUCUUCCCAUACCUAAUAGCUAUUAGAAUACUUCGUGAUCUCAGCUUGGCCUUUGUAUUAUGACUCUGGUUUAAUGUUGAAUAUCUUUACUGAACUUCUCAAUGCUGGUCAUAUACUAUAUUUGUUUGUUAUAAGAAGUAAAUAAGAUUUUCUAAAAUUCAAAAUAUGUAAUGAUUAGAGAAUUACACCUGCAUAUGACCAAGCAUUUUGUAGCUUUUAAAACAUUUUCUUUAAUACAUAAAAAUAUCAAGGUGUUUUACAAACUGAUUUAGGCCUUGAUCCUGCAAUGAGUGCAUGAGUGGAGGGACUUAAUGUAGGACCAGACAAAUCAGGACCCUGACUGCAAUUAGAUGUUAAUGGGCAGACCCUCACUGAUUUUGCAGUCUCUGCAUAGGCAAGAGGAUACGGUAUCCCUGUACGGACUGAUUGAAAGAUUAGUACCUACAUUAUUAUAUCUGUAUGUAUUGCCUAUCUUUAACUCGACUGCUAACAUUAAGUAAACAACAUGUGACAUUUAAAAUCUGUAAUGCUUCUAAGACAAAUAAUAAUAAGGCGGUACCUUUAUCAACAACUAUGUAUAAAAACAAUUAUUCCAACACCCCCAUGCAGACCUAACAUACAACUGCUUAAGACAGGAGGAGAAGAAUGCUUUAUUAAGUUGGAGGUCAUGUGGGGACUUCAACCUAAGCAGAAUAUAAUUUGGCCAGAACACUAACACUUGCCCUCAAACCACUUUGCAAACAUUGCAGUGAUUCAAAACACAUUUCAGCUUGGCCAGCUGCUCUACAGCUGCUGGACCACAUCAUGCGUUACGGAGUAUGUGCUGAGUGAUCUACAAAAUGGCAGUGGCAUCUUUGGAAAAGGCAGCUUUCCCCCACUGCUUUAUAGUGAGGGCGGCUAGGGCCCACCCUUUUCCCGCGAGGCCGUUACCCGCCUCCCGGAUCCACACGCACAAGGUACUACACUGGGUCACGCAACAAUAAUCCCGUUUCUUGGUGCUCGGCCUGCUGCGUGUCCCCCUCCAGGCCGGAUACGUGGGAGGGGGGUGUGUAGGGACGCAGCCUGCCCGAACGGAGGGUCAUUUUCGCUGCCGUUUCCUCGGGGCUGGGGCUCGGGCAGCGCCUGCAGCCCCGGGGGACAGACCCACGGCCUGGUGCGUUGCUCUUUGCAAUCGCUCUCGUUCAUGGUCCGUCUCCCGCGUGCUCCGCUCGCUCGCGCUCAGCCUGGCCCCACCAGCCCUCACCGCGCUCGGCACCGGCGCAUCGAUCACUCCGGGUUCGGCUCAUCGUGCCUGUGCCGCCGGGCUGGAGAGCGGAGAUGGAUGGAGAGUGCCUGGCCUUGAGCGGAGGCACGGCAGAAGAAACAGGCAAAUAACAUGAAGCCAAGAAAACUCCUCUUUUUAAUGAUUUCAGAAUAAGAAAAUAUCAGUCAAAUGAAGCAGCCCAUGCAGUGGGCGUGCUUUUUAAUCCCACAAUGUCGGAAGCCACAUCUCCAGAAAAUAAAAGACCCCGGAGAAGCUUGUCCCUCAGUAAAAACAAGAAAAAGAAUGAAGCAGAAGUUAAAGGAGCACCACCCAUACCUUCAGCUUCUUCCUCUAUCCUUUCAUUUUUUAACAACACUCUCCCUGCCAAAGUCACCUGCCCUAUGUGCAGGCAGCUGGUGCCAAGGUAUGGGAUCAACAAGCACAUAGAUGAAAUGUGUCAGAAGAACCAUGGGGAUGGCGAAAUGAUUCUACCUGAUUCAGGACUUGACUGUUUUAUGAAUGAGGGCCCAUCAGGUAUAGAUCUGAACACUUGUUCCAGCCCAUACUUUGCAAAGGAAGCUUCGACUCCAGAGAAAAAUAUGAGUAUCUUUGAAAGCAACUUGUUGAAAAUGAGAGCAGGUGCAGGACAGCAGACUAGUCCUUACUUUAAGAAGAAUAAUGCUCCAAUGUGCGAUGUUCAGAAUGAGCCAAGAGUGCAAGUGGUUAAAAGUAUCUCUUUGGGCAACUUGGCAUCUAAACUGUCCAGAAGGUACCGUAUCCAGAAUAGACAACUGAUAGAAGUAAAUGAGAAGAAUUCUUCAUCCCAAGCUGUUCACUGUAUGUGUGACAAUUCUGCAGAAUGGAGUGAUGGAGAGACUUGUGCUGGGGAUGGCUCUCAAAAAGAGAAUCACUUUGUUCUGUCAGGAUUCCAAAAGCAGCAUGUCCCAAAAGACAGUUUAACAAAAGAACUUGAAAGUCAGGGAGAAACACAAGCAUGUGAUAAAGAGACUCUUGUGUGUUCUGCUCAUGGAUUAGUAUCCUCAGUUAGCAUUGUUGCCAGGGAGCUAGUGUCUGCUGCAGGGAACACUGAGAAACACAGUUAUUCUGAAGGCAUGGUGCCUAAUCUUAGCAAACAUACACCUCCAGCAAGUUAUAAUAAAGUAGAGAGAUCUGAUGGUUCAGAAGCCAAAACUCAGUUCUCUGUUAAGGAUAUUCCUCCUUCAAGGACACAAGUGAUGUAUGAGAGCCAUACAGAAAACUGUCUAGUGAAGGAUAAUACAGGAACACUUCCUGUGGAAGUUCAUGAAGACUUAAGGAAUGAGAUGAUUGAUCAUACUUUCUCAGAACCUAUGCACAAGGUGGAUUUUCAGAGUCCUGCCAGUGACAUUUUAGACAAAAUAAGUGGUGCAUUUGGUUCUGCGUCUGACUCUUUUGGUCACCCAUAUUAUCUCCAGAAUUUCCUGAUGGUCCUGCAAGUUGUCUUGGAGAAUCAUGAUGAUCUGAGACUCUUUGAUGAGCAAGACACCAGCACUAUCACAAAGUUCUACCAAUUGUCAGCUGGUGGUCAGAAGUUAUAUGUAAGACUUUUUCAACGCAAACUGAAUUGGAUAAAAAUUAACAAAAUAGAAUAUGCAGAGAUCAGUGCAGAUUUGUUGCCAGUAAUUGGAGAAUUGGUUGAAGCAGGCUUUCUACAAACAGAAUCUGAAUUACAAGACCUUUCUGAGGGGCUGGACUUACUUUCUGCUCCUGAGCUAAAAACAUUAGCGAAGACCUUUCACCUGAAAAACCCAAAUGGUCAGAAACAGCAGCUGGUAGAGGACUUUCUCAGACUGGCAAAACAACGUUCGAUCUUCAGCAGUAAUCAGUCUGGUAUUGGGGCAGUGAUUUUGAAAAGGGCUAAGGACCUUUCUGGGAAGUCUGUCAGGGUCUGUAAAGGCCCCCGAGCAGUAUUUUCUCGAGUUUUACUGCUGUUCUCACUGACUGAUUCAAUGGAGGAUGAGGAAGCCGCUAGUGGUGGCCAAGGCCAGCUUUCCACCUUGCUUAUGGUAAACAUGGGUCGUACGGUGUUUCCCAGUUACACGGUAAAUAGGAAAACAGCAAUCUUCCAGGACAGAGAAGAUCUCAUCAGAUAUGCAACAGCUGCUCAUUUGUCAAAUGAUGUAGCCACUGCAAUGGCUAAUGGGAACUGGACAGAAGCUAAAUAUCUCUAUAUGUGUGCAAAAGAAACCUGGCAUGAACUAAAAAAUCAUCCUUCUUUGAGAUGCCAUAGAGACUUACCUGAGUAUCUGCGACAUUUUACAGUUGGGUGGAUGUAUACAAGGAUCCUCUCUCGAGGGGUUGAAAUACUGCAGAGACUUCAUAUGUAUGAGGAGGCUGUGGAAGAACUGCAGCAUCUUUUGUCUCAGGAAGUGUAUUGUACAGACAGCAGAGGACGAUGGUGGGAUCGACUGGCUUUGAAUUUACACCAACACUUGAAACGCAAUGAGCAGGUUAUUGAGUGCAUUAGAAAAGGGCUGUCAGAUCCAUUUGUGCGCACAGGCCAUCGACUCUCUCUCUACCAGCGUGCACUGCGAUUGAAAGACUCACCAAGCUGCAAGAAGUUCAGGAGCCUCUUUCAGGGGCUGCCUGUCAUAACUCUGGAAGAUGUUACACAUGUUACAAUCAAAGGAAAGAUGUGUCCCCAAACAGGGGUGGGAAAAUCUGUGUUUCUAGUGGAGGACGUUGAUGAUCAAGAGAAAGGAGAAGACUUCGCUCUGUCCACAAUCAUGUGUUCAGUUGAGGAGCUGGCGUUAACCCAUUACAGACAGAAUGGCUUUGAUCAGGGGAUUCAUGGAGAAGGGUCCACAUUUAGUACACUCUAUAGCCUUCUAAUGUGGGACAUUAUUUUCAUGGAUGGCAUACCAGACGUUUUCAGAAAUUCUUAUCAGCCAUUCCCCCUGGAUUUGUAUACUGACAGCUUCUAUGAGAACAGGAAGGACGCCAUUGAAUCUAGACUCCAGCUACUGCACGCAGCUUCCUCAGAGACCCUGAACGAGAUGAUUGCCAACGUCUGGAAUGCUCAACAGGGGAAAGCGGCCGUACUAGUUAGCUGGGACCGGUUUACUUCUCUCCAGCAGGCUCAGAGUCUAGUGGCUUGCUUUGGGGGACCUUUUCUGAGUGGUGUAUGUAGGAGGCUCUCCAAAGAUCUGCGCCAUUGCAGAGGGGGUCUUCCUGAUCUAGUCGUGUGGAGUACGCAAGAACACCGCUUCAAGCUGGUGGAAGUUAAGGGUCCCAAUGAUCGCCUCUCCCACAAACAGAUGAUUUGGCUGGAUGAACUGAAGAAGCUGGGAGCUGCUGUAGAAGUUUGUCAUGUGGCUGCAGUUGGAGCUAAAAGUAAACGCCUCAGUUGAAUAAAACUGUCUCAAACAUGUUUGAUGGGGAAGGGGGAGAACUAUUUUAAAAAAUAAAUAAAUUAUGAAUGUG